AUGCACAUUCCAGAUUCAACAAUUCUGGAUGAUGCAGAUAGGCAAACCAACAUAGACCAAAGGCUCACAAGGCCAGAGUCUACAGAUUCGGAAAUAGCCACAGAAAUCACAAGACCAAACAAAAUUAUAUGGGCUAUAAAUAAGAUUCAUACAUUCAGAAAACUACACAGAAAGCUACUAUGUCCCAGGGCAGAUGUAAAAGAAUGUGCGGUGAAGAACAAGAAAUUAUUGAAAAUGAUAAUUAUGACAGCAAAUCGGAACUACUUCUUAGCGAUGAUAACGAUGAUGUGUCCGUUUCAAGAGCCAGACGAUGGCUAUUACCAAUUUUAUAUGGGCAAGGGGGAAGAAACAAUUUGGAAAAGUACCCCAAUAGCUUAUGGCAAUAACACCAGAGCAAAAAAUAUUAUGGAAAGAAGUUGCUGGAACAAAAGUGAACCUAAUGGAUCAGGAUAUAAACAAUGUGAGGAUAUAUUUUUUUGUGACGAUUCUAUUGAUGACCCUCCUUAUGCUCCGUCAACUCCUGAGUUUUCAUCUGGGGAGUCUUUUCAUUCUUCGGUUCAAAAACCGACAGCUAAUACAGAAAUGAGAAAUGAAGAAAGCAUUGUGUUGGAGCGGAAUGUGAGUGCAGUGGGUACCAGUGAUGGUAGCGCAAUGGGUAUCAGUGAUGGUAGUGCAGUGGGUACCAGUAAUGGCAGUGCCAGUUUGCAAUGUAAAAGAAAAAGGAAGGCUGAGCCGAGUACGUGGAAGAACAAUAUACGCAAGAGGUUGACACAGACUGGUAAGUCCUAUAUUUCUAUUCGAGGCAAAGCAGUUAGUGCAAGGAGUGUAAAACCAAAGGAUUGUUCUAAAUGCCCCAAAAAAUGUAAUAGUAAAUUUUUUGAAGAAUAUCGGCAGCUCUGUCACUUUUCAUUUUGGAAUGAGCUUGGAAACAUUGAAAAGCAAAAGCAGUAUAUUUCUUCUUUAGUUGAAGUAAAACCAAAAAGUUCAGUUAGAACAAAAGCUGAGAAUUCACAACGUUCAAACACCAGAGAGUAUUAUUUAGUGAAAGAGGGUAACAAAAUUCAGGUUUGUCAGGGAUUUUUUCUUGCUACGUUCAACAUAUCAGAAACCUUUGUAAAAAAUAUACUGAAAAAUAGAUCGGAUUGUCAUGUUGUUCAGACUAGUAGAAGAGGUCGUCAUCCUCCUGGAGUCGCAAGACCUGAAGACGCUAAAGAAUUUAUCAGAAGCCAUAUUAGAUCUUUUCCUACAGUCCCUUCACAUUAUUGUAGAAAAUCUUCAACCUAUGAGUAUCUACCACAGGACCUCAACGUACAAAAAAUGUAUGAUAUGUAUGUUUACAAAUGCAACGGUGAGAAAAUAAUGCCUGAGAAAUUAUGGUUGUAUAGACAAAUUUUUCACAAUAACUUUCAUUUAAAAUUUCAAGUACCAAGAAAAGACAUGUGUGAUACCUGUUUUAGAUAUCAAAAUGUAACUGAAGAUGAAAAGAAAGACUUGCAAAAGAAUUACGAACAACAUAUCAACAGGAAAAAUGCUGCUAGGGAAUUUCACGACAAAGCUAAGGCAGAUGCUUUGGAAAACAAAAUAAAUUUCAUUCAAUUUAAUCUGGAGGCUGUAAGGUACUGCCCUGUAAGAAUUUAUCAGAAGCCGUAUUAG